GCUAAUUAUAAGUGUAAGUGGCCAGACUUUCCAAAAUAUUUAAUGAAACAAUAUUUAAUUAGGUAAUUAUUAGUUCAAAAGCACUUGAUAAAUAAACAUUGAUUGUAGUCGACGAUUUGACACAGCAUUUUUUAAACAUUUUCAACGUAUUUCAAGUAUCGCAAUUUUGAUUUUGGUAGUUUAGAAGUAAUCUUAGAUGAAAUUAUCAAAGUUUUCUAAUGUCAUAGAUUUAGCACACUCUGAUUAUAUAAUAAUGAUGCCUUUCUAACCCACUUGUAACAUUAGUAAACCCUUCCCAAAAAUGGUAUCUCCAGUUUUAUGAUUACGUUGUAAGUAGUUUGAGCAAACAAACAUUAUUACCGAUUUAAUUUUCUGAUAUUACUAAGAAAGAAUUCGAACUGAUACUUACAUUAUCAAUAGCAAAUACUUCAAAAACGUAAAUAAUAUUAUCAAACUUCUUUGAAUGCGAUGAUUUCAAGCAGUUCUUCUUCUGAUUUGUCAGCGUCCGAUUUUAGUUCUACUUCGAGCGACACAGCAAAAACACAAAGGAAAGUUAAACGGAAAAAUAUUCAUGGGAAAGUGAAAAAAAUAAUAAUAGAAAAUCGUGUACAAAAUAUAAUGUUUUCGAACAGAAUGGACGUUACAACGGGUACAAGCGCUAAGAAGUUACCGCAGUAUUUGGCGGCCCUGUCAGUAUGUCUGGGUUCAGUAGCUGCUGGAACCAUUUUGGGUUGGACCGGUACCAUUUCGAAAGCCUUAAAAGAAAGUAAACUCAAUGGCAUCGAGGUAGAUGACAAUGUUUUGGGAUGGAUUUCUGGAUUUGCUACUCUUGGAGCGAUGCUCAUGUGUUUCCCAAUCGGGUUGAUUUGUGAUUGGAUAGGUAGAAAAUGGGCCUGUCUCCUAACUAUUAUUCCUUUUUCCGCCGGUUGGGCUUUGGUGAUAUUUUCAAAUGGUUCAACCAUGAUUUACAUUGGAAGGUUUUUAACUGGCUUGGCAGGUGGAGCUUUUUGCGUAGCCGCCCCCCUUUACACGAGCGAAAUUGCUGAGACAGAAAUUAGAGGAGCCCUGGGAAGUUAUUUCCAACUUUUGCUCACCGUUGGAAUCCUAUUUUCAUACGUUUUCGGAGCCAUAUGUUCACCAAAAAUAUUAUCAAUCAUAUGUGCUUUUAUUCCUAUCGUUUUUGGAAUUGUUUUCUUUUUUCAACCUGAAACACCAUUAUAUCUCCUCAAAAAAGGAAACCGUACAGCUGCUUUGCAGAGUCUCAAAAGACUGCGAGGGGCAGCGUACGAUAGCGAAAAAGAAAUCCGGGAAUUACAAGAACAGUUGGAUAAAAACGAACGAGAAAAGGUUCCCUUCGUACAAGCCUUGCAGUCUAGGGCAGCAAAAAAAGCUCUUUUUAUUUGUUUCGGCCUUAUGACGUUCCAACAACUGAGCGGCGUCAAUGCUGUUAUCUUCUUUAUGUCGACGAUUUUUGAAAGUGCAGGAGGUUCGAUCCCAGCUGAUUAUGCUACAAUUGGUGUUGGCAUCGUACAAGUUGUAGCAACAUUCAUUUCGUCACUGGUAGUGGACAAAUUCGGAAGAAAAAUCCUACUAAUGAGUUCUUCUUUCUUCAUGGCUCUGUCUGGCGCAAUUUUGGGAGUUUUCUUCACGAUCAAAAACCACAAUCUUGUCGAUCAAGAUACCCUAAACAAAAUCGGAUUCUUACCAAUCGUUUGUCUUGUGGUAUUCAUCACGGUAUUCUCACUUGGAUUCGGACCCAUUCCGUGGAUGGCCUCUGCUGAAAUUAUGCCUCCAGAAAUAAAAUCUUCUGCAGGUUCUGCGGCAGCAACAUUUAAUUGGUUUUUAGCGUUCAUUAUAACUAGAUUUUAUAAUAAUUUAGUUACUGCUAUAGGAGGUGAUAUCACAUUUUACAUUUUCGCCGGCAUAUCUUUGGUAGGAACGCUGUUCGUCUACAUAUCAAUGCCAGAAACCAAAGGAAAGACAACUCAAGAAGUUCAAGACAUAUUGAAUGGAGUUAAACCUGGAACUAAUGGUGUGAAAGGUCUCGAUAAUCCAAAUUUUAAAAGCUAGAUAAUUUGAAGAAAAGGUAUUAAGUAUUAUACCAUUUUUUUUUUGUAUGCCAGCUUUAACUUUUUGAAAUGAUUUAAUAUAGAACAUUUCCAUCUGUGCGCUGUUAAAGUUUCAAGUUUAAAGUUUAAUAAUUGCAUUGUUGCCAUAGGUAUUAUUUUUAUAAAAAUUAACAUUAACAGGAUAAUAGUUGAAGUAUAUGUGAUAAGCAAUUUCUCAACGCAAUAUUUUUUUUACAUAUUUGACUUAUCCUUGGAUUAUCCUUUAUUUAUAAUAGUAUGUAAUUUUAAUUUAAAUGCAUAACUCUUUAUUCCAUCAAUUAUAAUUAUGUAUUAUUAAAUUUAAUUAGAUUUUCAUGUAUUUUUAUGUUUAGAUACACAAAAAUAGUUUUUUUAUAUUUACUUAGCAUGUUUUUGUACAGGGUUCUAGUUUAGUUUAGUAAUAAUAUUUAAAAGUUUAAUAAUUUUACAAGCAAAAGACUGGUUAAAAUAUUAUUUAUUAGAUAUUUUGAGUCUGUGCAACUUUAUCAAGAAGUAGGUAGUGGUAGUAUCAUUGAAUAUUUAAAAUUUAAAAAAUAAUACAACUCAAAACAUUUUUCAGUUUUAUUCAAGGCACCACACAUGACACCUACAAAUUGCAAUACAAAAAAUAAUUAAAUUUCUAAAAACAAUUAGUUGAGAAGCCUAAAUUAUGUAUAUUAUAUUAUAACCUCUGACAAUAAGCUUAAAUAAGAAAUAUAAAUUGAAAUGUACUGAAAAUAUAGAGUAUUAGUUAAGUUUUCAUGUUUCUAUGAUAUUCAUUAAUUAUUAUUAUUUAUAAAGAUAUUUGAUUAAAACUCCUAAAAUU